UCCAGUCUUUCCCAAAUUUUGUUAUCGACUCUCCUGCCAGUUGCUCACUCCUUUGUGGAGCGUCAGAUCGAAAGUAAAUAUAUUUUUGUAUACUCGCUCUGUGGGACACUUAAGGCAUGUAGCAACUCGUUUUUUGAAGGCGUAAGAAAUUUCUGCAGUUACCACGGAGAAAACACUUCCUCAGCAGCAUCCAGCGAGCCAAACCGAACCAACUUCCACAAUGCAGGACGUGGAUCAGGACCCAAUUUUCUGUCCUGAUUAUGGAGCUUUACCAGAUGAUUUAUCUGAAUUCAUGAAUGACAGUUACCUGGUGAAGAUACUUGACACGGAUGGCCUCUUUAGUGAUGAUCCCACUUUGAUUUUUGACGACAACAACUUCAGUGACACUCCCUUGGCAAAGGAGCCAGACCCAUGCAGAAACCAGCAGGAAGACAAAAUUAAGCCAACAAGGAAACAAAAUAUUCCUCAAAAAAGGCCCAGAGCAUUUACACUACCAAAACACAGGACAAUGGGAAAAAAUAAUUGCACACCAAAGAAACAAAAAGCUGAAGGUACUGGCGGAGGAUCAGUGCAGAGGGAGGGGCAUCUAUCCUGUCCCUCCACAUUGCCGCAAAGUAUCCUUCCUUUCCAACAAUACAAUCAGUUUGUCACGAGUCCAGACGUGACAUCUUAUCAGUUUAAGACCCAAACAAUCUGUCCUUCAGUUAUCAGACUUUCAUUCCCCAAAGCUGCUCUACCAUUAUACGUAUUGGUACCUGUGCCUCCUUCGCCAUCAGCAUACGAACUCCAAGUGCCAUACAUUUUCCCAGAGGACAGUGCAGUAGUACCUGCCCUAAUGAGUUCAUCCCCAUUUGGAACAUUAUCAGACAACACAAGCAAAGUCAUGUCUCCACCAUGCAAUUAUGAGACGGCUAAAAGUAACGUGUCAACCGCAGUUCGACAGUCUCCUGCCACCUUUGAGAUACCUCAGAUUGUAAAGAACUACAUUAAAAUGGCCAAAGCCCAUAUGCAUCAAAUCUGUGAGGAGAUGGAGCCAGGGCUUAAUUUGAGCUCUCAUUUCUUGGAUGUGAAAGCGAUCCAGAGAGAGAUGUUUUGCUCAGGAAAAAAAUAUAAGUCCCUGCACAAAGAACUGGUGUCCAUGGGAGAUAUGGACAGGCAAAAAAAUUUGAUUAAAUUGAGUCAGAUAUUUGAGAAUUCGAAUGGAAACAAACCCAAACGAUAUAUACUUCUAAUUGGCAAAGCUGGGAUGGGAAAAACCACCCUUAUCAGGAAGCUAUGUCAGGACUGGGCCAGAGACUCCAUCCCACAGUUUGACUUUGUAUUCUUGUUGAAUGGCGCUCAUCUGAUCUCUUCAAAAAAAUCACACUAUAGUCUUCAGACCCUCCUACUCGACGUGCCCACCUUUGCCAUUUCCCCCAUCAAUAUUGAGGAAGUGUACGCUCAAGUCCUUAAAGCCCCCAAACGUGUACUCAUCAUUUUUGACGGAUUUGGUGAUCAGGACUAUGAAAUCCUAUUUCGAGAAAAAGACUUCGCGGCCUUGUUGGAGAAAGAUACUAAAGGAAAGGUCUUUACAGUUAGAAAGCUAUACUCUGCCAUCCUCCAAAGGGUGGUCCUUCCAGGAUCCAUUCUUUUGAUUUCUGCCAGACCAAAAGGCACCGCCUAUCAUCUAGUGCAGCGACUUGACAGCCUUUUGGAAACUAGUGGAUUUACCCCUCUAAAUGUUGAAACGUAUUUCUCCAGGUACUUUGAUGACCCUAAUCUUAGAGAAUCUGUUUUGAAACACUUAGAAAAGUGCAGUUACCUACGUCACCUUUGUUGGAAUCCUGGACUCUGUCGACUGGUGUGCUUAGUUUUGGAACACUCUGCAGGAUCAGAGAGCCUUCCAAGAACAUUAACCGAGCUCUGCCAUCAAGUACUUUGCAUUAAAAUGAAAAAUAACAAUUGGGGCUGCUGCACUCAGGCUAAAGCUCAAGCUCAAAUAACGCUACAGUCUUCAAGGCAAGAGUCAAAGAGAGCGCAAGUGAGAAAACGAGCAAGGUGGUCAACAAAGGGGAAAAGUCAAAUACCAGAUGAGGUUCUGCAGACUGCUCAAAGGAAAAUCUGUGAAAAAAACAUUAUUUCUCGUUUGAGCUCCCUGGCCUGGGAAGGGGUGAAGGCCAACACAUCCAUCCUUCCCAAAGAAGUACGUUUAUGUUCAAAACUUAAGACAUUCGGGCUCAGGAAGGGAGUCUUCCUCAUUUAUCAAGGGAGCGCAAACCAGGUAUGCUCCCUAUGUGAGAGUGAGGGAGUAGAAGGAGAGCAAGAAACGAUUGAGAGUGAAAAUGCACAGAGGCGAAAUCAACAAACUACUGACUUUGAAGAAAAUGACGACGUCUUGGUGUGGGCAGAUCCCUUCAUUCAGAGCUACCUGGCAGGACUCCAUUUGUCCAUGAACAGAAAUGUUAUGAACCAGAACCUUUUUCAGAAACCCCCCUCCCUUUCUGGCCCAAAGGGACGUAGGCGUCCAGAAGGAGAGUUACAAGAGCUAACUCGGCGAUUUGCUUUCAGCAUCCAGUUCCUUAGCAGAACCGAGCUACGCAGGCUUCAUCUAGACACAAACCCCAACAAACAGGCGUUAAUCUCUGAACACCUCAAGGGUCUUUCCCUUGCUGACUUGUGCCCUGAUCAGGUGUUGGAGGCCUGCCACUAUGUUUUUGAAGCAAGUUUCUCAUGUGGCAAUGGGGGCAGUGACAGUGGAAAAGAAACAUUGGUCACUCACCUGUCAGCAAACCUACCUGAGUUCCUCACAUUUCGUGGCAUUCCACUUGGUCCACCAGAUGCAUAUGUUGUGCACAAGAUUCUCGAAAGAGCUGAAAACGGAGGCAGAGGUUUUUCUUUGGAUCUUGAGGAUACUGGCAUUCCAAUUUCAGGACUCAGGUCCUUGGUUGGUCUUGGCAGCUGCAGUACAUACAGGGCAUGCAUAGCUGAUGUAAUUGCCCUGUGGGAGCAGUUAGAGCAGAGUGGUGAAAGUAGGCCCCUUCAACAUUUUGUGACCAAGUUGAAGCUUCACCCCCUGAAGGUUAUUCAAGUGUCUCAAAUAGAACAUCUGGGAAAGCUUGUGAACAUUCAUAUACACAGGAGGUUGUCAUGCCGUCCCAGAGAACCUGAUCCCAUCCUCGAUGAGGGAGUUCCAGCAGUCAAGGAGCUAUACAAACUGGAGUUAGCGAUUGGUCCAGAACGUGGGCCCCAAGCUAUCCCCAGGCUUUGGGAGUUUCUACCAAAUUUACAUGACCUCCAGCACCUAGAUUUGGAGGAGAAUAAGAUUGGAGACCAAGGAGCUGAGCAAUUGGCUGAUACAUUCUCCUCCCUCUGUUUUCUGCAGAUACUCAAUCUUUCACAGAAUUGUAUAGGAGACAAUGGGGUCAAAAAAAUGGUGACUGCACUCAAGGAUUUACCCAAACUGCACUGUUUGAUCCUCUACAGUAACGUGAUUUCUGAUGAAGGUGCCUCCACUUUAGCCGCUGUCCUCCCUCACAUGGCAUCACUGACUGACCUAGACGUGAAGUAUAAUAAGCUAUCAGAUGUCGGUGCACAAUGCUUGGGAGCCAGCCUUAGGCAAUGCAAGAAAAUGAAGACUUUAAGGUUGUGGAAUCAAUGUAUUCCAUAUGGUGUAUUUGAAAGGCUCCAACAGCAAGACCCAAGGAUACUUUGGCAUUAGUGCAAUUUAGACAACCAGGUUUAUGCACCCACAUGCUCACACAAAGUUCUGGUCAUCACUUCCCCGUUGGUAAUGUAUGUGCAGGCCAUAUAAUGUAGAACACAAUACUUCAAAAGGUAGACAGGUUAAUCCAAUCACAUGGGAUAUAAACCGUCCAUGGUUCUUCUCAUAUUUCACAGAGUGCUUAAAUAAAUUGCCACUUUGUUGUCGUGCAGUUUGUACUGUAUAUGUUUUUUUUUUUUUUACACUGGACUCAUAAUAUCUCAAAGAUGAGUAAGGUCAACAAAGCUUAGUUCUUUGUAUUUAAAAACAUUGUAGAAUAUGCUUAGUUUGAAUGUUUUCCCUGUUUGUCUUUGUUUAAUAUUGUCAAAACAUGUAUGUCACUGCCUUCUCAGUAUAUUAAAACA